UACUCGAUACUUGCACUAUAAAUCAAUGCUUAUCUAAUUGAUUAACUGAUUCUCAUUCCACAGGUAAUAUUUAAACCAAUUGCUUAGUAUCAUGGGAUCCAUUGUUGAUGCUGCAAACAAGGAGGUAAAUGGAACCGCAAGUGUCAAGAAACCCACAGUUAUUUUUGUCCUGGGUGGUCCAGGAAGUGGAAAAGGUACUCAGUGUGCUUAUAUCGUCGAGCAUUAUGGCUACACACAUCUGAGUGCUGGAGACCUUCUUAGAGCUGAAAUCAAAUCUGGUUCUGAAAAUGGAACUAUGAUCCAGAAUAUGAUUAAAGAGGGAAAGAUUGUACCUUCUGAGGUUACAAUCAAGCUUCUGCAGAAAGCAAUUCAGGAAAACGGGAAUGACAAAUUCCUCAUUGAUGGCUUCCCUCGUAAUGAGGAAAACCGAGCAGCAUUUGAGAAAGUUACUCAGAUUGAGCCGAAGUUUGUCUUGUUCUUUGAUUGUCCUGAGGAAGAGAUGGAGAGGCGCCUGUUGGGCCGAAACCAGGGGAGAGAGGAUGAUAAUAUUGAGACUAUAAGGAAGCGUUUCAAGGUGUUUCUUGAAUCUAGCUUACCAGUGAUUCAGUACUAUGAAGCUAAGGGGAAAGUCCGGAAGAUUCAUGCCGCAAAGCCCAUUGAAGAUGUAUUUCAGGAGGUGAAGGCAGUCUUUUCUCCUGAAGCUGAGAAGAAGCCUGUAACUGAUGUUUACAGCCUAAGCAACAGCAUCGUAAAGAGACACCGAAAACCCGAUAAAUUGAUCAGGUAUGUAUGUUCUGGUGGGUUGCAUCUUUUACCAGGAAGUCUCUGCUUGGACGUAUUUUUUUCCUAUAUAACCAUAUGAUUACUGUUAUUGUUAUUAUUAUACACCUUUUACCUAUUCUAUAAUUUUUGGUUUUGAACAUUUUUUUUGUAUGAUUGUGAUUGGUACUUUUUCCUGCCAAUCCGAGAUUGGCUUACUGUAAUUUCAUAAGUUUGAAUUCAUGGGGAUAUUAAUAUACUAGUCGUUGAUUUAUUUUCUCUUUUAUGUUUUGCACCAAAAUCCAUAUUAUUGGAUUAAAAUAUCAGUAAAACGCA